CGAAAAGUUCUGUGGGGGCUACUGUUGCUCAGUUCCACUCCGAUCCAUAUGAUAUACAACUCGGUCAUCUACUCAUCCAUUGCGGAGCUCGACUCCGGGAAGCUCUUGAUCCCGCACGACCUCUCGUCGAACGAGUCUUUGGUCAAUGACGCGGCGAGCCGCGAGAGAUUCCGGGCCAGAGUUGGCCUCGAUCCGGCGAUUGUGCAACAGCGGAUCUUCGAUGGAACUUUCACCAAUUUGACAGACAAGGAUUGUUGGACCAAGCGGGCCGAUGAGACAUUAUACAGUACACUUGUCUAUGUCGUUGACAGGAAGUACUUUCACAAUACGAGCAGUCUGUGGGUAGACGGGGGACAAAACCCUUCCUCCGAGAACUACUACCCUGUGGAACCAGUCUAUUGGAGCUAUCGCGUGUGGAACUACACAACUGUCGCGAGCGGGCAUCCAUACCAGUUCAACUUUGCCGAUGAUUCUUUCCAAAGUCUGUGGAACCCCUACGACAAAACUAAUGCAAGCACUGCGUUGCAGGCUGACGUGGUGGGUCUGCUAAGUUACAAUUCGCAAUACAAUCCGACUCAGGAGGCUCUGCGCGAGUACUUAGACACCCCCUCACACUGGCAGAACAGCUCCUGGGCAGCCGCAACGACAUUCGAGUUCUUCGAAGAAGGCGACUUGGAGCUCGGAAUAUAUCCACAGGUCCCUGUUUCGCACUGUCUUAUGGAUGAAAGCCGACAGCGCUGUCAGCUGCUCUUCAGCCCACCGAUUGCAAUCGUUGUCAUAAUUUGUAAUGCGAUCAAACUGAGCUGCAUGAUGAUAGCAGUCGGAGCCAGGCGUAGAGAUCUACUUUUGACUACAGGCGACGCGCUGGCCUCGUUCCUCACCCGACCUGAUCCAACAACUCGGGGUCGAUGCUUGCUCUCUCGCGCAGAGGUGGCUCAAGGACUGCAUUUUUGGGGCUGCUCUGCACUCACUCCCGGUCAUGAGACAGGGUACUGGGUGCAAGCACAGAGCUCAAGCCGUAGCUCCAGCCCAGCUCCUAGUCUAGGUCUCGGGCAGAGCCCAGGAUCCUUGAAUUACCCGAUAGACAACAUAUUAAUAUCACCAUCCGCGACGCAGACAACCACUGAACUUCGCCCAAGAGAGGUUACUCCGCGACAGAGAUGGUAUCAAGCUGUCAGCUGGCCUCGCAGGGUAAUAGCCUUAUUCUGCUACAUAUCAUGCAUCGCAGUGAGCUUUGCCCUUCUCUUCCACGGCAUCGGUUCCGAAACCUUCCACGAGGCCAUGUCCAUCGGCUUCAGCAAGUACUCGGAAUCCUAUCUAGCCAACACGAACACCACAAACAUCCUCGCCCUUGUACUGUUAGCCAACACUCCCCAGCUCGGCUUGUCCGUCCUAUACUUUGUGACCAACGGCGUCUUGACCUGCAUGCUCCUUGACGCUGAGCUCCAGCGGUACGCCACGCAACGCCGCUCACUCCGCUGUUCCUGGCCCAAGGGCCAACAACGAUCGACCUACUACCUGACUCUGCCUUACCGGUACAGCCUCCCGCUGCUGACGGCAUCCGCUUCGCUUCACUGGCUUCUAUCCCAGAGCUUCUUUUUUGUUCACAUCCGGCGGGUCGAUAUCUCCCAGCGAUACGUAGUGGAUGAGGCGCGGGGAUGCUGCUACUCCCCGUUAGCGAUCUUUAUCACGAUUUGGGUCGCUGUUGCGGGGCUCUUGGUGGUUGUAGGGCUCGGGUUCCGGCGGUUUGAGAGCGGAAUGCCGCUAGCCGGGGGUUGUAGUAUGGUUUUGUCCGCACUGUGCCAUCCACCGGAGGAUGAUGAGGGCGCGGCCGAAAAGACGGUGAUGUGGGGUGAGAUUUUAAAAGGUCCUGAGCUAGGUCCUGCACAGAAUGACAAGAGGCGAGUCCAAGAGAGGUUUAUGGAGGGUAGGGGGGAGACGGGGGCUGCCACUGCCGCCCGGUAUGGGACGAUGGAAGGAUGUGCACAUUGUUCAUUUAGUUCCUUGGACGUGAUGGCGCCAGGCCUGGAUCGGUUAUAUGCUUGAUCGAAAGUAGUAGGCUCGAGAUGAAAUGAUUGAUCUUGCCCCUUCUCAAACACACGGUUGAUAACCUGCCGGGGAAUGCUGGCUCAGCGCCUCACAGUGGAGGGCUUCCAGUCAGACACUCACAUUGG